GAUAGCAGAUACUACAAGAGUCAUGUUUGAAAAAAAGACACCUGCUUAAGUUUUUGGAUGUGAGAUGUUAACAAUGGAUUACAAACAGGCUUUUUUCAUAAAUGCCACUAAACUAGCAUGGCGAGCUGACAUAUAUGGUGCUCCAUCUGUUCCACAAGAAAUCAUGUUUCUAAACAUGAUAAUAUUUUUAUCCUCAAUAUAUAUUUGAGCUUCUUGUAGAUUGAUUCUUCUUUGAUAUUUGUUUUUAGCUUAUUACAAAAGCGAAUCCCUUCAUAAACUUUUGCUUUUUUGAUAAACCAUACAUAUGCCAUUAACAACGUCUUGUCUCGCACAGUCUUGUCUCAUCCAGUUGUAUCCUAAAUUCUGUUUUUUUGUAGCUCUGUGCAUAAUUGCUACUCAAUGGCUUCGCUCAUUUAUUCAUCAAUAUGACAAGCUACAGAGUUAUUACUCAGAAUAAUUUAUUUUAAGACACUGGUAUCUAUUUUGAGAACAGUGGUGAGCACUUCUGAUACAGCAGGCAUUAUUAAUCUUUCUCCAAUUGUAUGAGAUUUUCCACACUUUGCUAUCAUUUUAGAAAUGUUAUAAGCAGCAAUGAGACCACUGUCAAGGUCAUUUUUAGAUUUCUUGGCAAGUAACUGGAGUGUGCAACAUUUUUCAAAUGUUUCUUUCAUUUUCUGGAACUGAGUAUAAGUAGUCUUUUCAGGGUGUUUUUUAUGGAAGUAUUCCUGCAAUCUUGAUGGCUUCAGUCUUCAUUAGAUGGUACAGUAUUACAAAUAAGACACGUAGGGUAUCGCUGAUCUGACGGAAAUGGAAUAAAACUAUACCCCGGGUAUGUAAUAUGGUAUUGAUGCACUUUGUUUCUUAGCAGGAUUAGAAUUCAAGGCUUUGCUGCUUUCAGACUCACUGCUUGUUUCCAGCCAGUGCUAUAUCAUUGCGCUACCUGUUUUCCAUAGAUCUGUAAAGAAAGUUGAGAGGGUGUACUUACCAACUGUUAAAAUUGCAUGAACUCACUCUAUGCUGCCAGUCAAGGGGAACUGUUGGGUACCCUUGUUGCUAAUUUAUGCAUCCCUAAUAAUGUCUGUUUGGUUGGUAAGGUUGGAUAACAUUGCUGGAUUUCAGUCACAUUGUGACGAUGAAUGCUCACCAUCUGCAGAGCUAUGGUUCCUCCUGUGUUCCAGUGCCUCAUCCUUUUUUUUUGGAAGUGCCUGCUCUCCUAACGGUUGUUCAGGUCUCAUGCCUCAAGUCAAGAUGCUUACCAAUUUCCACCCACCCCCCCCAAAUAAUCUUGAAUGCCCGUCAAUGACUUCUUUUUCCUCUAAUGCCCCCUUAGGACACGUAACUGUCCCAUUGGGAAUCACUGAUCUAAUUACUCCUUCUGAACAUAAUGGAGUAAUUUUUAAUAAUACAUUUGCAUUAUGCAUGCCCUUAACUGUAGGCAUUUUGAUAGGUCACAUCCAUCUUAUAAGAUUUAAAUGGCAGCUGAGAGAUUUCUUGAAGAGAAUUUUGGUAAGAAUUUACAGAUCGGGCGUAUGGGAUUUGAUGGCUUCCCUUCAAAACAUUUGUUGAGAUUGGAGAACCUUUUAUACAGAUUUCAAGUAGGAGUUGGCAGAUCUUUUGUAAAGUAAGGCUGCACAAUGGUGCACUGCUCUCUUGUAGCUCCAAGGUAAAGGAUUCAAUCUGAGUGCCAUGUGCUCCAAUUUCCUCUCACAUUUCCUGGCUGAUCAUUGCAACCUCUUAGGUAAUUUGCAAUGAGACAAGAAUAGGACUAAUGGAAUUAACCAGCAUGGAUUUAGCCAGAUGAGAUACCAGAACAGUGUUAAAGAUUUUAAAGGAGGAAAGAGACGGAAAGGUUUAGAGAGAGUAUUCUAGACCUAGGGAUUUAAGGGCUAAAAAAAAAUUAUUAUGGGGAAGAGCUGAAAUUGGAAAGUUGGGAACUGGGGAUUGGCUACAGACUUUAGAAGUUGCAGCAGUUAGAGGAACACAUCCAAAAAUCUUUUUGCAUCAAUAUUGGAGCAAAUAUUGCUACUACAGUUUGGGGAAAGGUUGUUGCUUGUAUCUAAGAGAAGGUUAGGAGUGCAUGAGUAGCACAUUGCUGGAGGGGGAGAGUUGAAUGGAGGUGAUUUGUCACUAUAGCUGAUUAUCCUAAGAAUACCCAGUGACAGUUCCAGGGCAAUAUGGCUCAAAAGUAAUGUCAUUGUGCACUCCCCAGAUACCAGGAAUUACCCAGAUGAAAAAUCUGGGUUGUGGAAAUCAGGAAUCAAUUUAAAUCUGCUAGUACAGGAAUAUGAGUGAAUGGGAUGAGGCAUUAUAUGGGCAGUAUUUUUGGAUGAGCUCAUGUUUGAGGGAAUGUGGUGAGAGAGGUACCAAAGGGUAAUGAUUUCAGCCACAGAGUGCUGAGUUUGACAAUGACAUGGAGUCGAAGGUAAUUGGUCAUGGUAGUAGAAUAGAUAUAGAGGCACAAGGGUGUAGGAUGCAGGAUUCAAAUAUGACACCGUGUUUAUAAAUGGUCUAGACACAGAACGGUACAAGAAUGCAGAGGAUAAAUGGAAAUUGUAGCUCUUGUAGAGCUCUGGGAAUGAAAGGAUCUUGUACUGAGUUCCGUGUGGUUAACAAAAUUCUUAUGGAGGACUGCACUUAGCUGCUUUUACAGAUGAACAAGAAACUUUAUACUUCAAAGCCAAAUGUUACUUAUGUAAGAUUUUGUUAUAAACUAAUGGAGCCCCGUCUACUUCUAUGGCAGAAAGCCAGUGGCUUACACAAUUCUUGUCAAGUUGCUCUUAUUCGCUAAUUAAUGCUUAAGUUAGGAAAAUUGGCUUAUAUAAAUUAUAGAGUUGUUACAUUAUCAAAGGAGACCAUUCAGUCAAUGCUGACUGUUUAGAAGAAUCCAAUCAGUACCAGCUUGCUAUAGACCAAUCAAAUUAGUCCCAGUCGAUGGUUCUGCAAAUGAUUCUUUGUUCAAUUAUCUUUAACAGUUCCUGACUUGUUCAUUUCUAACACCUUCAUAAGCAUUGAGUUCCAGAUCAUAAUCCAUGAGUUCCAGUUCAUAAUCCCUCAAAGCAUAAAAUUUGUCCCUUGCUUCUACCCUGUUCUUUUUCCUGUCAAUUUGAUUAUGUGCUUUCUGGUCCCUAGCCCAAUUACUAAUGGAAAUAGCUUCUAUUCAUCCUGAGGGUGACUAAGAAGCAUACAGAAAUGUGAUUGUUCAGCUGGUUGAGUGGUGUCAUAACAACAGCCUUGCACUCAGUAUUAGUAAGACCAAGGAAUUGAUUGUGGGCUUCUGGGAAGAGAAGUGGAGAGAACACACAUCAGUCUUCAUUGAGGAGUCAGCAGUUGAAAGGGUGAGCAGCUUCAAGUUCCUGGGCAUUAAUAUCAUAGAGCAUCAAUCCUGGGCCCAACAUAUUGAUGCACUUACGGAGAAGGCAUGCCAGCAUGUAUAUUAAAUUAGGAGUUUGAGGAGAUUAGAUAAGUAAGUCACCAAGGGUUUUUAUAAAUGUCUAUAGAUGUAUAGUGAGAGCAUUCUGGCUGCAUCACAGUCUGGUAUGGAGACUCCAUUGUCACUAAAGAUUUUAGCAAAUUUCUACAUAUAUACUAUGGAGAGUAUUCUGACAGGUUGAAUCGCUGUCUAUUAUGGAGGUGUCAAUGCACAGGAUUGGAAGAGGCUUCAGAAGAUUGUAGUCUCAGCCUGUUCUAUCAUGGACAUGAGCUUCCCUGCUCUGGAGGAUUACUUCAAAAGGCAGUACCUCGAGAAAGUGGUAACUACUUUUAAGGAACCUCACCAUCAAUGACAUGCCUCUUCUCAUUACUACCAUCAAGAAGGAGAUACAAGAGCCUGGAGACACACAUUCAACAUUCAAGAACAGCUUCUUCCUCCUUGCCAUCAGAUUACUGAAUGGUCCAAGAAUUGUAUCUCAACUAUUUUGUUCUCCUUUUGCAUUUACAGUAAUUUUUUAUGUAUUGCACUGUACUGCUGCUGCAAAACAACAAUUGUCACGUCAGUCCAAGCCUAUCAUGAAUUUGUACAUUUCCUUAAAGCUCUCCUCAGUCAUCAGUGCUUCAAGGAGAAUCAUUCUGACUUUUUCCAGCAUAAUACUGUAGGUGAAAUCCAUUAUCACAGGACAAUUCUAUUUGGUCAGAAUCUGCACACUUCUUAUUUUCUAUCAUUUCCCUGAUUAAGCAAAAGUGUGAGUUUGAGUUUUUUAAAUAUAUUUAUUCAAGGAAAAUGGGCUUGGCAGACUAACCCAGUGUUUAGUUAUCCAUCAUAGUUGUCCUUGAGAAGGCAAUAGUGAACUUUUUUUUUGAAUUGCUACUAUCCUUGUGGGCAUACUCACAAUGCUGUUCAGGGGAAAGUUCCAGGAGUAUGAUGCAGCAGCAAAGAAAUUGCAAUACACAUUCAAAUCGUAUAGCCUGAAUGAUAGGAUUUGGAGGCCAAUUUCCAGGUGGUGGUGUUUCCGUGCUUUUGCUGACCUGACAUGAUGUCAAAGGCAAAUACUCUUACUUCACCUCUAGUAUUCAACUCUUUUGACCACAGCUGUAAUGUGAUUAGGAGCUGAGUGCCUUUAGCAGAACCCAGACUAAGCUUCUGUGAGCAGGUUGUUGAUAAGCAAGUACCACUUGAUAGCACUAUUGAUUAUCUCUUCCAUCACUUUGUUGACGAUCAACAGUAGAUGAAUGGGGAAUAUCUGGCUGGUUUGGAUUUGUCCUUUCUGUUGAGGACAGGACAUACAGUACCUGGACAACUUUCCACAUUGUCAGGUAGGUACCAGUGUCAUUGCUGUACUGGAACAGCUUGGCCAAGACACCAUGACAAGUUUUGGAGUACAAGUCAUUAGUACUAUACUACAGUGUCAUCAGAGCUCAUGGUUUUUGCUAUAACCAAUGCCUUUAGCCAUUUCUUGGUAUUGGCUGAAUUCUGGCAUCUACUCUGGAGUAGGCCAAGGUGGACCAUCCCCUCAGCACAUCUUGCUGAAGAUACUUGCAGCGUUUUUCUUUUGCACUGAUGGGUUGUGACUGAAAGGGGUGUGUGCACCGAGCCGCUCCUUAAAAUUAGCCUGACAUAACUGGAAAUAAUUUUUGAAUAUGCACCGCAGUCCAAAUACCAUAGACUUGGAGGUGUUACGCCUGUGACCCCCCUCCUUUUUGAGAAUCGCAGGAUCACUAUUAAGUCAGGCCAGGAGACCCAGGAAAUGAGAGAGAGACGUUUGGAAUGUCCUGGCCCUCAGUAAUACAAAGCCACGGAACAGGUCAUUGUCUCUUGGAGACGGAAUUGUGUAUUGAGUACUGUACUUCAUGGAAGCCCUCAGGGAAUGAUCAGAGGGGGUUGGUUGAGGGAUUGCAUCAUCCCAACCUGAUUGACAUCUGAGACCCUGUGAGUCAGGAUAAAAGAGGGUCUGGGGAACAGCCCCUAGACACGCACCAGGAGAAACGCUAGAAGUCCUGUGACAGCGUUUAAUAGCGACAGCCGGUGGAGGGCCCACGUGUGUCCUUUCCCAUUGCCCCGAUUGAGGCCCUACCACGGAAGGCGGCUUAGCUAAGGAAGAGAUCACCACCGACGCUAUUUCAAAGGAUCGACAUCAUAAAACGGAAACCGGGCAAGUUCUAAACCUCCAUCUCUCUCUCCAACCAAAAGCUGCCGCCUGAAUGAACUUGAGUGACUUUUAUAUUUACAUUGGACAAUACAUUAUCCCCCUAGACAACGAUAGAGCUAUUUCUUAUUGAUUAUUAUUAUACCCGCUCUUUUAGAUUUAGUAUUGAUGACAUAUAUUAUCUGUAUGUUUGCAUUGAUAUUAUUUUUGUGUAUUUUUAUCAAUAAAUACUGUUAAAAAUAGCACCAUCAGACUUCAAUGGACCUCUCUAUCUUUGCUAGUAAGUGACCCAGUUACGGGGUACGUAACAAUUGGGGUUCUCAUCUCGGGAUUUGACACCAAAUUGGGAGGCCAGUGAAUCGGGCUUGUAAGUCCAAACCUGGAUCUGGUAUGCGGGUAGCCAGACGGGAAACCAGCAAAGAUGGACAUGGAUAAAUUUAUAGAAAACCCGACUCUGGAGGCGCUAGAGGCGGCCACCAAAUCGGACUUGAUAAAUAUGGCGAAAGGGCUAAACCUCGCAGAGGUGAGGUUGUCAAUGAAAAAGCGGGAGGUGCGAAGGGCCAUAACUCAGUAUUAUAUUGGGAAGAAUGUGUUUGCAGCUGAGGUAUUGGAAAAUAUCCCUGAAAAGGUACCAGCUAGUGGGAUGGCUCAGUUAGAGCGGGAGAAAUUAAGGUUGGAACAUGCAAUUAAGUUAAAGCAGCUGAGAAGGAGAAAGAAAGAGACGAGAGAGAAAAAGAAAGGGCCGACAAACAAAGGGAGUAUGCGCUCCAGCUAAAGGAGUUAGAGGUGAAACGGGAGCAUGAGCUCCAGCUAAAGGCGUUAGAGGUGAAAAAAGAACAGGACAGGGCUGAGAAACAAAGGGAGCAUGAAAUUCAGUUAAAACAGCUGGAAGCAGCUGAAAAGGAGAGAGAGAGGGUGAGAGGGCCGAGAAAGAGUGGGAGAGAGCCGAGAAGGAGAGGGAGGCAGAGAAACAGAGGAAACAUGACUUGGAGAAGUUAAGGCAAGAGCGAAGAGAUCAAGGGUCAGACCAAGAGGAGUGGUUUAAUGUUAGUCGGGAGUUGAGGUUAGUACCUCCAUUCGAGGAGACGGAUGUUGAUAGUUAUUUCUUGCUUUUUGAAAAGGUGGCAGUGAAUCAGAAGUGGCCCAAAGAUCAGUGGGUGGCGCUGUUACAAAGUGUGUUAAAAGGGAAAGCACAACGAGCAUAUACGGCGUUGGCCAUGGAGGAGGAAGAGGUGGAGAGUUAUGACAAAGUAAAAGCGGCCAUUCUCCGGAGUUAUGAAUUGGUACCUGAAGCGUAUAGACAAAAGUUCAGAAAUUUAAGGAAAGGGUGGAAUCAGAUGUAUACGGAGUUUGCCUAUGAGAAGGGUGUGCUCUUGGAUCGUUGGUGUACAGCAGAAAUAGUGGAAGAGGAUUUUUGGCAUCUCAGGGAGUUAAUUCUGAUUGAGGAAUUUAAAAGUGGUGUUUCAGAGGAUAUCCGGAUGUAUUUGAAUGUGAAGCCAAAUAAGUCCAUCUCGGAAUUUGCUCGGUUCGCAGAUGAAUAUGCCCUAACCCACAAGACAAAGUUUUCCUCGAAUAUAAGUUCCCAGAGAGACCGUGGGAACGAUAGAGAAAGCCCGCCGGCUGAGGCAGAGGUCCCGCCGGGAGCUAGUGGUAAGAGUGGGGAGGAGAGGCAAGACGGCCAGAGAUUUCCAGGCUUGACCUGUUUUAAUUGUGGAAAGGGGGGACAUAUUGCAUCUAGAUGUUUUGCUCCGAGGAAGGAGACAGGAAAAGGGAAAGCAGCAGUCCCUGUCGGAUGUGCCAUGGUAAUCAGUAAAUCAACAAGAGAGCCCCGGGUAGACGGUACGAGAAGGGUCUGAAACUUGUAUGUCAAACGGAACUGUGUCUGUGAGAGAGGGAGACCCACCAGUUCCCUUGUGAAUCUGGAGAGACACGGGGGCUGAACUGUCAUUGAUUAGCAGUAAGGUACUGGAUUUUGGUCGCAAGACGGGAAUGGUAGCUGUGAAAGGAAUAGGAAAAGGGACGGAAACGGUGCCCUUGCAUAGGAUCAUUCUGAAUUGUGAGCUGGUAUCUGGACCAGUUGAAAUGGGGGUGCGAUCAGAAUUCCCAAGAACUGACGCGGACGUCCUUCUGGGUAAUGAUUUAGCCGGUGGUAAGGUUUGGUCAGCAAUGAAGCUGACGAGACAGCAGGUGGAGGCUCCGCCCCUAGAUCCCAAGAUCUAUCCAGCAUGCGCGAUCACUCGCAGCAUGUCGAGAAAGGCAGCUGAGAACGAGAGCAGUUUAAAUCCGGCCAGUAUCGAGUUGGCCGAGACGUUUUUACCAACCCUGUACCACGAGGGUUUAGAUGGUGGUAAAACCAAGAGUAGUAAAGUGAAAGAGAGUAAGGGAGAGGAGGCAGACCUGCCCUUAGCGAGGAGAAAAGUUCUAGAGGCACGAAAUAAAGAUGAGAAACAGAUAGAGCUGUUAAAAGGUCCAGGAUUGGACAUGGAUGAUCUGUCUGGUUUGGCAGAACUGUGUGAAGAAGUGGAAAAUUCUAAAGGUGUCGCCGAUAAUGAAAUGAGGGCAGUCCUAGAUGAAAAGGGUGCCCUCACCUUGAAGAAGUCUGCUGGGUUGGCAGAUGAGGUUGUUUCAGCCCGCGGAGGUGCUUGCUUUCAGUGCCUCUUGACAGAGGUGAAGCUGAGCGUCUCCUAGCAACUGGCCGUGCGUUGAUUGGUGCGUUUGGACGGCGCCAGUUUCAAACGGAGGGGCGGUGGGACCUUCCGGUCUAGCGAGUCGCUGCUGCCGAUCGCACCAUUUCUCCAUGGCAAUGAGCCAGGCCGAUCUGGCAGCACAGGAGGACAGGAGGUCGCAGCUGAAAAGCAACUCCUCGGCUCCUUCGAGCACGUGGGGGACGACGGCCUCCGCAGGCGAGUUGCAGAGGUUGCACACUCCCUCGACAGCGCCCUCCUUGUGAUGAAGCAGAGACUGCACCCUGGCCUGAACAUUUAGUACAAUACGCAAGGGAAUCACUGAUGCAUUUAGGAGGAUGUUGGGUUUCCUGAAUUUGUGAAAGACGAGUUGCCACUCGUAUGAUUGGGAAGUCCUAUAACUAAAGAAAUGGUCAGUGAAAAUGAAACAGAAAAACUAGUAAAAUCCAUCAGCUCUUCCUCAUUUGAGUGGAUUUGGUAUAUCACAGUACAACUUGCAGAUUUCUACAGACAAGAGGGCAUUCUGACUGGUUACAUCACAGCCUGGUAUGCAGCCUCUAAUGCACAGCAUCCAUCAUAUGCCCUUCCCACCAUCAAGAAUAACUUCAAGAGGCAGUUCCUUGAGAAGAUGGCAUCCACUAUUUGGGACAUCCCUUCUCUUUACUAUAAUCUCUGAGGAGGUACGGGAUCCUAAAGACCCAAUCACAACAUUUUAAGAACAGCUUUUCCCCCUCUGCCGUUAGAUUUGGGAACAGUCGGUGAACAUCAUUGUUCCUCUUUUACACUAUUUUUGUAGCUUUUAUGUCUUGCUACUUUGCUGCUGUUGAAAAUCAACAGAUUCUAUAUUAACAGCUAACUUCAUAUAUCAGUUUUAAUAAGCCUGAUUCUGAUUCAUAUAGCCAGAUAAUUGACAUCCAAUAUCCACUGUGUCAUCUGUCAACCCUUAGUCUCCAUUCUAUUAGACUUUGUUCAUUCCACUCAUCCCACACCACAACUUUUAUAUCGAUUUUUUUUCCCCACUUCUCCAGUUCUGGUGGAAGAUCAUUGAUCUGAAAUAUUAGUUCUGUUUCUGUCCAUACAGAAUGCUGCCUGAACUGAUUAAUAAUUCCAGCAAUUGAUAUUUUUUAGCUUUUAAAUAUGGCCAGACUGGUAAAGUGAUUGCCAUGUCCCCAUAAAAUUUACAUUUCAUGGAAGUAAAACUUCAUCAUUAAUGAAGAUUUACAUUUGAAGAUGUUUUUACCAAUUCACCUCACAGGUACAACAAAAAUGAGCAGUGGCUUAUAUUAAUGAGAAAUGCAACUGUAGAAUAUCUUUCAAGUGACUUCUUGAGGAUUGU